GGGCAUCUCUUUCAAACAAUCGAUCAAUCGACAUCAGCGUACAACGUAGACAUACACUCCCUCACUCCCCGCACUCCACGACCUAGUAGCAGCAUCACUUCGGACGAUGGCUCUCUCUCUCACCCGAAUCAACCUCGCUCCCAGCUCGAGGGCGCUCGCCUCGGGCCUCCCCGUCAGCGCCGUCAACCACGCCUUGAAGGGCAUCCAGGCCGGUGGACACGGGUCAGGUCACGCAGCCGACGAGCACGGUCACAACGGGCCCAGGAAGGAUGCCAUCCCGUCGUGGGUGGCGAGGCAGAGUGGGAGCAUGCACGUCAGCAGGGCGGUUCCCCGAUCGACCGGGAUCUACCAGCCUCGAUACUUUUCCACCUCGGCCCGAUCUCUCCGUGAGACCACCUCGAUCCCCGAUUUUACCCCUUACCUCGCCAAAUCCCCCAACACCAACCGAUCGCUCCAAUACUUUAUGGUCGGAUCCAUGGGUCUCUUGGCCGCCAGCGGUGCCAAGUCUACCGUCAGUGACAUUCUGAGCAACAUGGCCGCUAGUGCCGACGUCUUGGCCUUGGCCAAGGUCGAGGUCGAGAUGAGCGCCAUCCCAGAGGGAAAGAACCUGAUCGUCAAGUGGAGAGGUAAACCCGUUUUCAUCCGACACCGAACCGCCGACGAGAUUGAGGAGGCCAACAAGGUCGACAUCAAGACGCUCCGUGAUCCCCAGGCCGACGACGACCGUGUCCAGCGACCCGAAUGGUUGGUCAUGCUCGGUGUGUGCACCCACUUGGGUUGUGUGCCCUUGGGUCAGGCCGGUGACUACGGUGGUUGGUUCUGCCCGUGUCACGGUUCCCACUACGACAUUUCCGGUCGAAUUCGACGAGGUCCCGCUCCCCUCAACUUGGAGGUCCCCGCUUACACCUUCAACGACGACGAGGAGAAGCUUGUCAUCGGUUAAGUCGUCAGUCGAGACGCGACGGAUGAAGUAAAAAUGUAUAUAGUCGGACGAUGACAUGGCGGGACGAUCGGGAUGUGUGUUUGUGUGUGUGUGUUAGAUGGAUUCUUAUUCGGAUUUGGUUGGGGAUGCGUGUGUGGCUUUUUUUCUCUUGGACCGGGCACUCUGAAACGCUCUCUUCUGGUAUUCCGUGCGAAGUUGAUGCGCUUGAAGGGAUUGCCAUGAACGUGUUUCAGGUUUCAGGUUGUGAAACGCUAUCGCGGUGUUACCCGCCUGACAUGCUUUGUUUCAGCAUUGUCUUCAC